GUAAAUAUUCGAAGCAUGGCAAUGAUACGAAAGAAGGAAUGCGUGAUUGAUGGAGAUGCACCGUCUCGCCUCGUCCCUCGUUCCAGCCCGCGAGCCUCGAAGAACUUGCAGAUUAUCGAUUGAGGCGCACAAUUCCCUCGCCGGCAUCGCGUGAUUGACUUCUGAUGAUCGAAAUUUGACCUUCAAGAGCCGCGGCGGCUGGGGUUCUCGGUCGGACGAUCAAGGUGCGGCGGAGGCAGAGAUAUGAGGAUUUGCUGCGGUGGUGUGGUCCUGUGGCAUGGGGAUUCGAUCGCUACACUGUCCGGUGGUGCAGCAGGUAGAGUUGCGCAAGAAGGCAGGCAUCGUGCGCGGGCUGCGUCGUCUUUUCGCCGAGGGGCCGCUCCCGACGAGAUAGAAUUGUGCACCUUUGGAAUUGCGCUGCCUCUUGUAGAUUAUGUGUGCAGUGCAUAGCUUGGGGACCCAGUUCCUUUCCUUGUGAAUCGCUGCGGGGAUUUUCGUGUCAAUUAGGUUUUAUCAUGACCAGGCACCUGAUUCCAUACAAACUCGCAUUUUUGGAGAUUGAUUGUUGCCGGUGUGUGGAAAUUUGAGCUGAUUUGGCUGCGCGUUUUGGACUAAGAGAGGCAGCUCGUGUGACGCAACUGAAUCGGCUUCUACACCGGUUCUAGGUUCUGAGAAAGAAACAACAUCUGCCUUUGUUCUGUAAAAGUUCUGCCAAAAUGCCUUACGCGCCGCCAGGGGGGUUUCACUUUGAAGUGAUCCCCGCCGACAGAUGGGCCGAUCAGAUGCUCAAACACUGGAAGAUCGCCGCAUAUAACAAGGCGGCGAAUAAUGAUGGAGGGGAUGUCACUCUUGAGGAUCUUGAAAAACCAGGUGCUGAUGGUCAGCUCAGUAGUCCCCGGUCUCUCCAAGCAUGUUUGUACCUCGGAAUUGACCCUGCAGAACUGGUUCACCGACCAAUCGAUGAUUUCUUGGAGAGGGGCCUCAGCCCAGCGCUGCAGGAGCUCAAGUUCCAGUUUUAUGAGAAUACACGGCUAGAAAAAGUUGGAAGGCUCAAAGAAGAAAGGAAAAGAAUUAUAAGCGAAAAAAAUGAUGGGGGUGUAAUUCUUGGAGCCGAUGGCCGAGUCAUCGGCACAACUUCCCCCAUGAAAAACAAAUUUGUGGAGAGUAAAGAUACCAUGGAGAAGGAAGUACAAAGAAUUGAGGUCGUUCGUCGAAGACAGCAAAGGGAGCUAGAACAAGUAGCAAAAUAUGAGGCUCUACGACAGCAACUCGCGGAGCAAAAUGCUGCAACUAUGGAAAUGGAGAAACGGAGGCGAGAGGAGCAGAAAAGAGCCAAGGCUGCGAAGGAUAAAGCUUGGCAAGCUGAGAUGCGUGCUAGGGAACUUCAACGGGCGAAAGAGGAAGCAGAGUUGGAGGCAGAAGCGAAGCGAAUGGCUCAAGAAAGAUAUGCACGGGAGCAAGCAAAGAUGGAAGCAGACGAAAGGAAAGCGAAACAAGCUAAGAAGGAAGCUAGGUUGCGGGAGAUUGAACGUGCGCAGAAGCAGGAGGAGUUCCGCGCGCAGCUGGAGAAGACUCAGGAGGAGUUCCGAGAGGCUGCGAGGGAAAGAGGUAGAAAGAUGGAAGCAAGAGAUCAGGAACGGCGGAGGAAUCUGGCAAUACUGAAGAAGAUAAAGGCAGAAGAAAACGCUGAGAUCCGGAGGAUGAUGGAGAAACGUCAUGACGACGCAUUAGCUGCAUGGCAUCGCAUGAUACAGAAGAAGGCAGAUGACUAUAACGCUAAGCAAGCGGAAAUCAAGCGAAAGAUGAAACUUAAGUACGAGAUCUGGAAGAAGAAGGAGGCUGAGAAGAAGGCGUACCUAGAGAAGAAGGAGCAGGAACGGUUGGAUACCAUUGCAGAAGCUAAUGCUAUCCGUGAACGAAGAUGCCAGGAACUUCUAGCAAAGGCUGAAGAGCAAGACAGGAACUUGCACAAUUACAUGGUGCAGAAGCACCUGGAUGAGGCACGUAGAACUGUUGAGAAAGAGCUAAUACACGAAGCCAAGCGUCAACGUUGUGAAGCUCUGAAGCGAAUCCAGGCACUACACAGGAGGCAGAUCUUGGAGAAAAUAGAGAUGGAAACGCAACGCAUUAGGAACUUACUCGAUGGAAAACAGCAAAUGUUAUCGAAGCACAUUCAAGCUAACCUGAAUUUAGUGAUUCAUCGGCAGUCAAUGAUAGAGCAAAUGCAGGAGUUGUCGAUAAGCAAAAAGUGGAGGCAAUCUUUAAGCCCAGAGAGCAGAGAAGAAAUGGACAAGCUCAAAGACGCGCAAAAAGAUCAUCAUGACCAUGUUUGCGCUCCAAGCGUUAUUGGCAUGCUCUCCCAAUGUACUUGAAGCGGCGUUGUUGUGCAACCUGUACUAUGCGGCAAUAUCAAGAUCUACGGCUUACACGUUCCCCUUGUUUAGGCGUUUAUUUCAAGUGUUGCUGAUGAAAGACUUUGCGCACUAUACUCCUGAGAGGUGCUGAUAGCUUGCUGCUUUGCGGAAGUUGAUCAGCUAAACGCUUAAUGUAUUGCAUGUCAAGAUUAAGGUCAGCAACUUGACUGCUACGUCGUUUGUACAUCUACAAAUUUUGGAAGGUCAAAUAUCAGGGCAGCUAUAGUAUCUGAGACAAUCUGCUUUUGAAGUUGUCAGUAAAUUGGUUCUGUUAGAUGAUGCAGAGGUAGGUUGGGAGGCCUUUAGUGUUCAGUGAUCAUAUUCUGGCAAUUCCAGAGAGUGCUGCAGUUUUGUCGCACGUUUCUGAACGGUAGCAAAUCUAUAACCUUGUUGAGGGUUGUAGAAUCCAUUUUUUCUCAGGCGUGAAGGCAGGUGCAGGUCCGUCAAUUGUGAUGGCUAGGUUGAAGUGCAAGUUGAAGAAAGGCGUGGAUGAGGCUUUUGUGGUAGAUUUAUCUGUCAUCGAGAUCAGUAAAGAAUCAUCAUUUUCCCACAGCUGAACUGGUUCCAAAUCGGCUUGUAUAUAUUGUCGCAAUGACAGUAGUAGAAAGAUUGUAGAUACCUAAGAGGAUGAUAGUGCUGUAGGAAUGAAGUUUGAACGGAAGCUGCUUUUGGCUUUGAUAUACCCUCAGCUUACGUCUUUAUAGAGUGUUAUGGGAAACGCUACUCCUUGGCUAGUCUUUUUUCUCUUGAACAGUGUGAUAUGAUUUUGUCAUUCGACUUUGGAAUAUCUUCUGCCGUGCGAGGUGCUUACACUAUCUGCUUUAGUCUGUAUAUGUAUCUUGUUGGAAAUGGAACUGUGCACCACCGAUAGUACGGCUUAUGAAGGGUAGUACUGCAGCAACUUAGGCUGGACCACCAAGGAAGGGUAUGAAAUACUACUUUCUAACCUAGAUAUUAGGAAAAUUGAUUCAAACUAUGUUUGAAAGUUUCCGGUGGGUUGGCUGGCUUAUGGGGCAUUAAACGUUGUGAAAAGUAGUGGCCUGCUCCCUAAAGCUGCAAUACAGCCUGCAGGCGAGCUGUCAAGGAAAACUUUCAAAUGACGUGUGUAUUUUGUAGCACGAAAUCUAUUUUUUAGUUCUUGUUACUAACUUAGAAAAGAUGAGUGUAUUGUUUCGCAACUAAUGCGGGUCCGUCUUUUCCUUACGAAUGAUCCGAAGAAAAAUGAUAUGCGCAUUAUUUUGCCCUAUCUGUUUUUAUUAUUUAUGAUUAACAUUCGCAUAGUACCAUUUCAUAAUAAGGAAAUGGUAAGUCGUAUUAUAUCUCAUUGAAGUAAGAGGUGGAUUGGGUGUUUCUUGAACAUCAACUGGAGAGAAUCCCACCUUGACAUCUGUCGACGUGUAUCAAAGAUCUCUCUUACUGAAUCUACGAGAAUGUCACAAAAGUAGACAUCAGACUCAAAUACGGGGAAACAUCGACGUGCGGACGGUAUUAGGUGUUUGUAUGAUGUGAUACUCUAACCUGUAGAAUGGACAGCAUCAACAAUUCACAGGAUGGAGUCGCUGCUAUCUCUAUACCCGAAAGAAAGAGUACCGAUUCUGCCAACCUGAAUCUUCGUUUCUGAAUCCCAAGCACGACAGGAAGAGGAUUGAAUCAGAGCCAGUGGAAGAGAUGUUAUAAGACUUCUUCAAAAGUGAGAGUGAACAUCCGCUCUUUUUAGUUACUAAGAAAGAGAUGAAAGUCAAGUAGCUACAAAAAUUGUACCACUGUGAUAGUUAAAGCCGAUCGAAUCCAAGGAUGAUGUUAUCCGCAUUGACAACUGCGGGGCAUGGCUGGCCCCAUAAUGUAGUGAAAUAUAGAAACAAUUUUCCACUUUGAUUCCAGAGUGCAUCAUCGAUAUUAAUCAACUAUCCAUUUUUCGAAUCUCGUGAGGUUAUUGUACAGAUUACUGAGUAUCCUCUUAAAUCGAAUUAUCUCCGGCCUUCCUAAUGUUGUGUGGUACCUUCAUACGUAUCAAACAUGAAUACUUGGUUUUCUUGUAUUGAAGGAGCUCUGUUCAUCCAAAGCUCUAGAGAUUGUUUCAUGUAGUUUUGUUAUGAUCACUAGGCUCUUGAGCUCUCAGCCACAUCCUCUUCCUUUGUUUUCAAUCUUGCUAAACCACUACCACUGUGUACUUC